UCUGACUUAUCUCUUCAUUUUUGGCUUCUAGAUCAGAGAUCUGUGGAAUAUGGCUUGAUUUAUAUUAUGGUUUAUCCAAAACACUGUUUUUUCUCAAGAAAACUGGGAAAAGUUUAUUUUCCUCAUUAAAAAGAAAAAAAAAAUAGAGGACCCUAAAAAGGGAGAGGGUGGAAUUGAGACCAAACCAUGAAGUUCUCUGGUGUUCCAGAAGGGCUUUGCUGCCCAAUAAACCACAGCAGAGGAUCUCUAUGGAGCUGCUGUGUCUGCUGGUGCUUUUUCCACCCUUCUCCAGGAAGAACAGUUGCCUGAAAGCACCGUGCCUUUCCAGAUCACUGCUGGAGAAGCCCUGCCCUGAGGUGCUCAGCCUACCAAACUGGAUUUGCUCUGACCUGCUCCUCCUGUCCUCCCUCCCGGACUGUUCCCUGUAGCUGUUGUGCACCCUGUCCUGCGCCGACUGCACAGAGAGCAUGGGGAAUAACCCAUAAAUUAUUAUUUCCUUUGCAAGCCUCCUGCCCAGGGGAGCUUGUUAAUGCUCCUUGAUGGCUGCUGAGGCUCCGCUGUGCUCCUUUCUCCUCGGGCCGGGGACCUGGCAGCCGCGUCCCGGCCACUACGGGGUCCCGAGGGGUGACGGGGGGGUGGCCUUCCUGGGUUUUUGCUCUAUUCCCGCUGCAGCCCUGCCCUGUUCCCACGCGUGGCUGCCCUCGAGGCGUUCCGUCCCGCCCCUUCAUGCAUAUUAAUACCACCAAUAUGCAUAUGCAUGAGCGCUCUCGCGGCGCGGGACCGGGAGUGCUGCGGCCGCGUGUGCUGGGAGCGGCGAGCGGGCUCCGGGCUCGGCAUGGGCAGCGCGGCCGCGCCGCUGCGGGUGCUGCUGGACAUGGAUGGGGUCCUGGCCGACCUCGAGGGCGCCAUGCUGCGGGAAUUCCGCGCCUGCUUCCCGGCGGAGCCGCGCGUGGAGCUGGAGGAGCGCCGGGGCUUCUCGGUGUGAGAGCAGUACCACAGCCUGCGGGAGGACCUGGCGGCCAAAGUAGCCAGUGUCUAUGAGUCACCUGGCUUCUUCCUAGACUUGGAUCCAAUUCCUGGGGCCCUGGAAGCUGUGCAGGAGAUGCUCCACAUGCAGGAUACUGAAGUCUUCAUUUGCACAAGCCCUCUCCAGAAAUAUGAGCACUGCAUAGUGGAAAAGUAUAAGUGGGUAGAGAAACACUUGGGACCCACGUUUGUGGAGCGGAUUAUUCUGACCCGAGACAAGACCGUGGUGGCUGCUGACCUGCUGUUUGAUGACAAGGACACCAUCCAAGGCGCGGAGGUGAGCCUGAGCUGGGAGCACAUCCUGUUCACCUGCUGCCACAACAGGCACGUCCAGCUGCCGGCCCCGUGCCGGCCCCUGCGCUCGUGGGCUGACGACUGGAAGGCCAUCCUGGAAAGCAAGAGCAGGCAGUAGUCCAGGAAGGGGAUGCUGUGCUCUUCCCACUGCCAGGAAACAACCAGCCCACCCCCUGCCAUGCCCAGGAGGCACUGUCACUGUAGGGAUCAGCCAUAGUAGAAAUGAGCUGCUCCAGUCAGACACAGUGCUCUGGGUUUCUGGAAGAUUUCUUUGCACUGUUAAUCUCUGUAGUGUUUUGGAUAUUUGCUGUUGGAGAAGAGAAACUAUAAACUACAAGCAGCUGUGGUUGGA